CACGCGCUUUACUGUUCUUUCUUUGCAAGAUUGUUCUGUUCUUGAAACGAUUCCAAGAUGAGUGAAGAAAUGAAAGGGAAUCAAUCUGCGAAGCUUCAGAAGCCAACUCCACGCUUAAACGAGAGGAUCCUCUCCUCUUUAUCUAAGAGAUCGGUUGCUGCUCAUCCAUGGCAUGAUCUUGAGAUCGGACCUGGAGCUCCAGUGAUUUUCAAUGUGGUUGUUGAGAUCUCAAAGGGUAGCAAGGUCAAAUAUGAACUUGACAAAAAGACAGGACUAAUCAAGGUUGAUCGGAUCCUUUAUUCAUCGGUUGUGUAUCCUCAUAACUACGGUUUUAUUCCCCGCACAUUAUGUGAAGACAAUGACCCUUUGGAUGUGCUAGUCAUCAUGCAGGAGCCUGUGCUUCCAGGUUGUUUUCUGCGCGCCCGAGCUAUUGGAUUAAUGCCCAUGAUUGAUCAGGGAGAAAAAGAUGACAAGAUCAUUGCGGUAUGUGUUGAUGAUCCUGAGUACAAGCAUUACACUGACAUCAAAGAACUUCCUCCUCAUCGUCUCACUGAAAUCCGGCGAUUCUUUGAAGAUUACAAAAAGAAUGAGAACAAGGAAGUUGCUGUAAAUGAUUUUCUACCUAAUGGUCCUGCUGUUGAAGCCAUUCAGUACUCAAUGGACCUUUAUGCUGAGUACAUUCUUCACACCCUGAGGAGAUAAGAGGAGGGCAGUUUCUCAAGAACAUUCCUACCUACAAAAAAAGGAGAAUUUGUCUGAUAUUUGGAUUCUGAAUAAACUAAGCACGUGUUCCUAAAAGUGUUCUGAUAUUUUGUCUUCAAAGCUUCUUUGUUGUUUUCUUGUGGGGAUCUUUUGUUUGAGCACUAAUCCCAAAUUAAGAUUUGUUUCUUAUUUGUAUUGUAAUCUUUUUAAUCCUUUUAAAGUUUCGUUUUUAUUCCAAUGAAACCAGAUCUCUUUAUAUUUAUGUAAACACAUAGGAACAAAUCGAUGUAGCUAUCAACU